CUUUUAGGUUAGUUUUGCAUUUGAUUCAAGUUUGGGUAUAGGUUUGGGAUUAAAAUCAAGUUGUGGGUUAGUUUUGGCAAAAACCCCUUUUAAUUAUGCGCAUUAGUUUGGUGUAUAUAAAAAGAAACCCUAGUACUACGUACGGUGGACUUGCGCGUGAGCUUUGUUAGAGAGGAUGUCGGGGAACGAUGACGCGGAGACAGCUAAAAUAGAGGUGUGGUGGGACAUGAAGGACUGUCCGAUUCCGGAGGGGUAUGAUGCUCGUCGGGUCCGUCCAAGUAUAGAAAGGGCGUUCAAUAAACGAGGCUACAGUACUUGUCCUGUCUCCAUCACUGCCUAUGGCGACCAAAACCAGACCCCUUGCCACGUCCUGCGAGGGCUCUCUUCCACUGGAGUCGCUGUUGCACAUACCAAAUCAGAAAGCACACGCUCAGUCAUGUAUCGGGAUAUGGUGGAGUGGCGAGGUCAAAAUCCACCUCCGGGUACAAUGAUGAUCAUAUCCGAUCAGGUGGGGGGUGACUUGUCCUGGGAUCUGGCCAGGCUACAACAGCGCACUAGAUACCAACUUUUUCUGGCUUAUUCAAUUAAGCCUUGUAACGAUUUAUUCCUGCUCUAUAGAGCAAAUUGGCGCUGGGAACAAUUACUAGAAGAAGAAGGAGCCGCACCACUUGUGGUGGGUGGAUUAUCAUCUGCUGCCAUGUUUUAUUGCAAAUCAUGCAAUUUCGAUUGCCAAAGCCUGGAGAAAUUCAGGAAGCAUCUCUCCAGUUAUAAGCAUGGAAUGGAAGAGGCUAUAAACCCUCCGAACACAGAACUCUCAUGUGUAACGGAGACGUGGGCGAAGAACUACCCGGCCACGCCUGAACACGCCACAGCUAAAAUACUGGUGUUGUGGAACAUGAAUGACUGCCCUAUUCCUGAAGGUUAUGAUGCUUGUGGGGUCCGUCCAAGUAUAGAAAGGGCGUUGAAGGAAGUAGGCUACACUGGUCCUGUCUCUAUCACUGCCUAUGCCGACCAAAAACAAACCCCUGAUCACCACCUUCUUGCGCUCUCUUCCACCGGAGUCGAUUAUGCACAUACUCUUCCAUCGGUCGAAUACAGUCGCAUGAUUACAGAUUUUGAGGAGUGGGCAGAAGAUAAUCCUGCUCCGGCUUCAAUUAUGAUCAUAUCGAAUGAACUGGCUUUGAGAAAGUCCCAUUCAUCACGUCUUUGCCGGAAACUACAAGAGAGUAACUACAAGUGUUUUUUGGCAUAUUCAGUUAGGCCUUUUAAAAUGCCAGUCCUGCUCACUUCUGCUGAGUGGCUCUGGGAAAGCUUACUUUCAGGUGGUUGUUUCUUGUUUCUUCGCUCAUCUUCCAGUACUUGGGCAAGGAACUACCCGGCCACACCUAAACACGCCACAGCUAAAAUACAUGUGUUGUGGGACAUGAAGGACUGUCCGAUUCCCGAGGGGUAUGAUGCUCGUCGGGUCCGUCCAAGUAUAGAAAGGGCGUUAAAGGAAGUAGGCUACACUGGUCCUGUCUCUGUCUCCAUCACUGCCUUUGCCGACCAAAAAGAAACCCCUGAUCACCACCUUCUAGCGCUCUCUUCCACUGACGUCGAUUUUGCACAUACCCUUUGGUGGGUCUUACACAGUCGCAUGAUUACAAAUUUUGAGGAAUGGGCAGAAGAUAAUCCUGCUCCGGCUACAGUUAUGAUCAUAUCAGAUCGACUGGGUUGGCGCAUGUCCCAAUCAUCACUUCUACAGAAGAGUAACUACAACUGUCUUUUGGCUUAUUCAGUUAGGCCUUUUGUAAAGCCAACCCUGCUCACUUCUGCUGAGUGGCUCUGGGAAAGCUUAUUUGCAGUUUCAGAGACAAAAAGACACACUCUUCAGAAGUGCAGUGGAAGUGAAAUGGUUGUUGCAUCUACCGGUAUGUUUUAUUGCGAUUUGUGCGACUGUCAUUGCAAAAGCCUGGAUGAUUUCAAGAAGCAUCUCUCAAGAGAAGAACAUACACAUGAGGACAACAUAAUGAAUACGCAUUUUCAAUCUUUUCGUCACCGGCAUAGGCAAUUUAAAAUGUCCAAGUACCAUGAUGAGGCAAGUUUUUUUACUUAAUGAUAAUAUAUAGAUUCUCAACAGAGGAAAACAUGACUAAAUACUCAUAUGUUUCACUUCAUAUUACAUGUUGUAGGUAGGAUAUCCUCCCAAGACCAAACGUACGAGGAAAACAGAUGAGUAAUAUAAAUCAGUGUUCUAAAACCUCGCUCGCUCUAAUCUUUUUUUUUUUCUAGUCUAUGUUUCCCUUUGAAGUAUUUAUGAUAAAUACUUCAAAGGGAAACAUAUGCUUAGACAUGAUUCUUGUUUUUUUUUCUGUGUAUGGAUGAUGAUAUUAGCAAAUGGAAGUUGAUUUAUAUAGUGAUGGUAUGCAUGUAGAUAUUAAUAGAAUUGUUCAUGUCUUUUGAUAUAUUGGGUGCGUAUUGUCAUUAUUACUUUUAAUGGUGAAUUUAAGAGUGUAUUGAUCAUGAUUUCAUACGUUAGUGUGUGAGCAAAUUUUUUUUAAUUAUUAAAUUUUUUGUGUUUUUUUUGUUUUUUUUUUUGUUGGGUAAGUUGGAUGGCGAAAGUUGUAAGUAGCAGUUAUAGAAUCUGCAUUUUUAGAUCAUAAUAUAUAUGCUGUGAUUUCAUAUAGAGUCUUAUUAUUUUUAGUUGUCGUCUGAAUUAAGAAGUAUUAACGGUAUUAUUUGUUUUAAUCGGAAUACAUAAUUUAUAAUUAUCAGAAUGUAUAUAUAUAUAUAUAUAUACUGAUUAUUUAUGAUGUAUAUUUAUGUUACGAUUAAUACACAACGGUAGUGUUAAUCUUUAAGGAAUAAAUGUUAGUGGGUAAAACCAAUUUGUUACACCUAACGUUGUGUAUUAAUCGUAACAUAAAUAUACAUCGUAAAUAAUCAGUAUAUAUAUGUAUAUAUAUAUAUAUAUAUUCUGAUAAUUAUAAAUUAUGUAUUCCGAUUAAAACAAAUAAUACCGUUAAUACUUCUUAAUUCAAACGACAACUAAAAAUAAUAAGACUAUAUGAAAUCACAGCAUAUAUAUUAUGAUCUAAAAAUGCAGUUUCUAUAACUGCUACUUAUAACUUUCGCCAUCCAACUUACCAAAAAAAAAAAAACACAAAAAAUUUAUUAAUUAAAGAAAAUUUGCUCACACACUAACGUAUGAAAUCAUGAUCAAUACACUCUUAAAUUCACCAU